AGAAUGCUUCGGUUAGGAAAUAUGAUAUGUUUGCUUUAUACCAAGAAAGAGAGAGCUCCUUUUAAUUCAUCUUAUAAAGCAUGGGUUUCCUGUCCAUUGCAUCUAGCAAUAACACAGAUGAGGAGUUCUUGUGUUUAUGCUUAUGUGAGUUGGAGAGGGCGUAGUGAUUCAAGUGUGUACAGUGCAAAUACUAUCCUGACACACGAUGGAUGAGUGCUCCUGCGAUCCCCAAUUAGUGGAAGCUCUCGAGACUUCCGGUGGUAGCUUGUUGAUGAAUUAUCAACGAUUGGAAACUUUACCCGGAAAUAUAUUUUGUAAAAUUCAUUCCAAAUUAGUGAGGAGAAUAUUCGGGAAAUGUAAUUUAAUUAAAACAAUAUCUGGUGUGUUGGUGUACGUGAACAUUGUAGAGAUAUAUCUUCCAUCAAACAGGAUGACCAGACUUCCAGAGUCUAUAUGCGAUCUACAGUCGUUGGAAAGUUUAAAUUUAACCGAUAACUCGGUGGAAGAACUUCCAUCAUCAAUUGGGAAGCUGAAUAAACUAAACCAACUUAUUCUAAGAAACAAUUGUUUAAAACGAAUACCUCCGGAAAUUGGGAACUUAGCCAAUCUAUGUAUGUUGGAUCUUGCCCAUAAUGGACUGCAUCAAGUUCCUGCUCAAAUCAAAGGAUGUAAGUCUUUGAAACAUCUCUAUUUAUCCAAUAAUAAACUGGCAACACUACAAAGACAAGUUUGCGACUUGGAAACACUGGAAGAUGUCUGUGUUGGAUCAAACAACCUUCUCCAUCUCCCACCAGAUCUUGGAACAAAUAGAAAUUUAGUUUCCGUGAACGUGAGUGAAAAUAAUUUUCUUACGGCAAUCCCGUGGAGUUUAAAGGGAAAACAUUUAAAAUAUCAUUCGAGUUACUUGACCCAGCUAACACCUAUAGCAGCCACCAGCACUUCAAUGCAACCUUGUUAUGUCAACUCCAACAAUGAUAAAGUCUAUCUACCAAACUACUUGAAUAUUAACCCUGGGAUUCCUGCUUUAAUGGAUUUAUCAGCAAGGGCCAUCAAUCUUUCAACUUAUAAAGAUUCAUUGUUGUUUGACCGACUUCCAAAGAAUGUUUAUGACAUCAUAAUUGAUCCCACCGGACAUUGCAAUUGUUGCAAAAAUAAACUAUUUUGGUCAGUUUUUGUAAAAUCGGUGGGACAUGCGGACUUUGUAUCACUGGAUGGUGGUGUUACCACCUCGCUGCAUUAUCUGGUUUUCUGUUGUAGUUCUUUGUGUUUAGAUUCUUUUAAGUAGUUGUUUAUGCAUUGUUCAUGCAAUUGGCAAUGAGCCCUUGUCUAGCCACCAAGUAAACUUGCCCGAUACUGUAUCUGUGUACUUGUAAACUAAAAAAAGGGAUAAAAUAAAGCAAGAUAUCUUGAACUGUAUCACGACUUGUAUUGAAGAAGUUUUGCAAAAAUGCACCAAACCUACAAUUCAAGUUCUUUCUCUUUUUUAGUCAGUGUUUCUAUAUUUUGUAAGCUCUACAACGAUGUGAGAAAUACAACAGAUCACAUGGGAAAAUAUUUAUAUUUGAUCGUUUAGUUAAAGUAGUAGUAUGACCAUAAUUAAACCCCUUUAAAUAGAACAAAUAUAUAACUUUUUGGAAAUGGAAACACUGUUCAGUAGUCGCACGAAAAUUGGCAAAAUGACAAUGUUAUUAAAAAGUUGUUCGCGGUUUUA